GGCUGGGGGUGGGGCUCCCAGGGACGUAUGCCCGGUGCCGCGCGGCGGCGGCAGCAGCAAGAUGGCGGCGCCCAGGCGACCUCGUGGGGACGGCGAGGGUGAGGAGGCGGCGGCUGAAGAGGCUCCGCUAGAGGCCAAGAGGCCCUGCGGGCAGCGCCGGCUCUUGGUGGUGCUGGAAGGGGCGAGUCUGGAAACCGUGAAGGUGGGCAAGACCUUCGAGCUCCUUAACUGCGACAAGCACAAGGGGCUGCUGCUGCGGAACGGCCGGGACCCCGGGGAGGCGCGGCCCGACAUCACUCACCAGAGUCUCCUGAUGCUUAUGGACAGCCCCCUGAAUCGGGCUGGCCUUUUGCAAGUAUAUAUCCAUACCCAGAAGAAUGUUCUCAUUGAAGUAAAUCCCCAAACCAGAAUCCCAAGAACUUUUGAUCGAUUUUGUGGUCUUAUGGUUCAGUUGCUGCAUAAGCUCAGUGUUCGAGCAGCUGAUGGGCCUCAGAAAUUGUUGAAGAUAAUAAAAAAUCCAGUCAGUGAUCAUCUCCCUGUGGGCUGUAUGAAGAUAGGCACCUCUUUUGCAGUUCCAAAGGUGUCAGAUCUGCGUAAACUGGUUCCUACAGCGGAGCCAGUUGCCAUUGUCGUGGGAGCUUUUGCCCAUGGUUCGGUGAAUGUUGACUAUACAGAAAAGAUGAUCUCCAUCAGCAACUAUCCCCUCUCUGCUGCCCUGACAUGUGCUAAAAUUACUACUGCCUUUGAAGAAGUGUGGGGAGUAGUAUGAGCCCCUGCUGCUACUGCUGUCAUGGUGGACUCUUACACGAUGACUCCAUGUUCUGGAGAGGCUCUUUUACUGAGGUGUGGACCUGGUGCCACUUUGGGCUCCUGGGAAGUGAACAGCUUCAAUUUUGUCCUUGUAGUUUCUGGAGCAAUGAGACUUUAAAUGGUUGCCCCACCAGCCUUUUUCUCAUCUAUUAAAGCCCACUUUUGAGAAGA